AUGCCUUCAAAACAGUGUCUUUACUCCGUCGGCCUUUUAUGUGGCUGCAGAAGCGUAAAGACGAUGAAAUCUACUCCCGUACCUCGCCUAUAUCCACACAUACGUUACCAGUUGGUUAACAUUGGACGCUGUGAAGUGGUUCCGAAUCAGGUCUCACUUCAAUCACUGGUUGCCUUCAUGUCGAAUACGAGAGUGGACCCACCACCAUUGGUAGAUGUAAUACCAUUAGCCAUUCUGUUGUGGGUCCCUGAAGAACUCAUGUAUUUGAUACCUGGAUGCCCUAACGCUACCACCAAUGCAGUAUUCUGCGCCCCACCUGGGGGCAUAAUAAGGCAGAAGGGCACAUGUAUUGAUGAUAUUGCUAUUGCUGCAUUUUGA